UUGCUCAAGUUCGUACUUCCUUUUCUUCAUCCCUAAGUUUUCCACCUUCCUUUGAGUGCCACUGCCAGUACUGUUGAUUUCUUCAUCCGUCUCUCUCUGUUUUCCUCUGCUGCCGCCAAUGGCUACCCCGAAAGAGCACAUUGAAGAUAUAAGGCGAACCAAGUUUUCCAUUGGAGGACCUCCCAAUCCCUUAACUGAGGAUCUCCAUCAGGCCGUCACCAACCUCUCUGCCGAGCUUUACACCAAGGAUGUUCACUUUCUCAUGGAGCUCAUUCAGAAUGCUGAAGAUAACGACUAUUCCGCUUCUGUAAAACCCUCGCUCCAGCUCAUUCUAACAUCCCGCGACGUUACCGCCACUGGAGCUGCUACCACACUACUUAUUUUCAACAACGAGACCGGCUUUUCUUCCAAAAACAUCGACUCCAUUUGCAGCGUUGGCCGCUCCACCAAGAAGAACAACAGGAAACGCGGCUAUAUUGGGGAGAAAGGAAUCGGAUUCAAAAGUGUGUUCCUCGUUACUUCUCACCCUUACAUAUUCAGCAACGGAUAUCAGAUACGCUUCAGUGAACAUCCCUGCCCACAUUCUGGUGUUGGCUACGUUGUUCCCGAGUGGGUUGAACACAACCCCAUUCUUUCUAACAUCAAGGAAAUUUAUGGUCCCCAUUCUCAACUCCCAACAACCACAAUAGUCUUGCCAUUGAAGCCCGACAAGAUUGUACCCGUCAAGCGCCAACUUUCAACCAUUCACCCAGAAGUUCUACUGUUCCUUUCAAAGAUUAAGCAGUUUACUGUCAGGGAAGUCAACGAGGAUCCCAAUUCCAACACUGUUAGUGCAAUUGCCAUUUCCAGCGAGACGGACUUCGUUACAAGGAAGAACAUUCAUGCUGAAUCCUACACUCUCCAUCUCUCUUCCGAGGGAAGUAACUGUGAAAUUGAUACCCAAUGCUCCUACUACAUGUGGAAGCAGAAGUUUCCAGUCAAGGAACAAAACAGAGUAGAACGAAGGAUGGGAGUGGAGGAAUUGGUGAUCACGUUGGCAUUUCCAAAAGGAGAGCGUCUCAAUAGAGGAUUAAACUCCCCUGGGGUCUACUCUUUCCUUCCUACCGAGAUGAUAACCAACUUUCCCUUUAUAAUUCAGGCAGAUUUUGUUUUAUCAUCAUCCAGGGAAACCAUUCUGCUUGAUAACAAAUGGAAUCAGGGGAUUCUUGAUUGUGUUCCCUCCGCUUUUGUCAAUGCUUUCAUCUCAUUGGUCAAAAAUACGGUUGAAGCUCCCUUGUCUUCUUUGGCCCAUAUGUUCAACUUCCUGCCCAUCAUUUCUUCUUCCUACGAGAAGUUGAAUGUUGUUAUGAAUUUAAUCAGAGAAAAGUUGCUUGAAACAAAUAUUGUUCCUAGUCAUUCUUUCCUGAAGCAGAGGUUCUUCCACAAACCUCCUGAAGUGGGUAGAAUUAUGCCGGCUUUUUGGAAUAUUUUAAUGAAGGCACACAAUCAAGGAGUGAGUUUGCUUAAUCUAGCGUCCCAUGGAAAGUACAUCUUAAGUUCUUCAUUCGAUAUAGAGGAAUACGAUCAGGUUCUUAGUUUCCUUGGUGUGAAACCAGUUGAUGAUGAAUGGUAUGCAAAGUGCCUGCAGGGUACUAACAUUGUGGAGGGUGUGUCGGAUGACGUUUAUUUGGAGCUUUUACAAUUUCUUGCUGACAAUUGGAGUUCGAGAUUUCAUGUCACAAACAUGAAGAAUGUACCACUUGUAAGAUAUGUUGGUGUUGAUGGGAAUGUUUCCCUAUGCAGUUUAAAUGAAUCUGCUCGGAAUGGUGGAAGAAGGGUUCACCUAGCUUGUCAUGACCAUAAUGUAUCAUGGCUGAAUAAAUCGAACGGGGAAUUCAAAUUCGUUGCCAACUGUUUUUUUAUGCCUGAAAGCACACAUAAAUCCAUCCGGUUAUGUUCUAGGAAAGACACGUUGUUGCGAUGGCUUAGAGACCAGGCUAAAGUUGAUACCAUCAGCGUAUAUCAAUUUGCAGAACUCCUUGUCUAUUCUAUUGGCGAUAACCCAAAGAACAUUAUUAGGUAUGUUCACUUCCUGUAUCACUCAUCAUCAAAAAGGUAUCUGACAGAUGACGAGGUCAAGUCUCUGUGCAGUGUUAUGCCAAUAGUAGACAAAUACGGUGUUGUUAUCAAACACAAGCAGGUGCUUCUCAUCCCAGCAGAUGGUAGCAAAUGGGCACAAUUGCUUGAUUCAAAUCCUUGGAAAAAUAAUGGCUAUGUUGAGUUGGGAGCUGAUUACAUCUGUCCAGUCCAUUUUGCCGGUGAAUCUAUAACUAGAAAACAACUCAUGGAUUUUCUCAUAACCCAUGUUGGUGCUUCUGAUAUCCCUUUUAUAUCUCCUCCUAAUACAGAAAUUUCUGUUGUUUCUUCACCACUGACCGCGCAGAAUGGGCUUUUGCUAUUGGGUUGGAUUCACAACUUGAAAACUAGACGAGUUUCAAUUCCUUGCAAGUUUUUGAAAUGCAUAAAGGAAGGUUGCUGGCUGAGAACUACUCUGAAUGGAUCUCCUUGUUAUAGACCACCAUCUCAAUCUUUUGACCUCUCCACGUCAUGUGCAAGUAUUUUGGAAAAUGGAUCAGUUCUGGUGGACAUUCCUUUAAUUGAUCAUAAAUUCUACGCUGAUGGGUUCAAAGUCUAUGCAGAGGAGCUGAAAACUAUUGGUGUCAUGUUUGAAUAUGGUGAAGUUUUAGAAUUUAUUGGGAAUCACCUCAUGUCAGUGGCGACUUUAUCAAGUUUGACAAGAGAAAAUGUCUUCUCUAUGUUAAAAUUCAUCAGAUUUUUGAAAAAUCAUUUGCAUGUUGAAAGCUUUGUUGCUGGCAUAAGAAAAGGAACAUGGCUUAAGACAUGUCGUGGCUAUACCUCUCCAGUUGGAUCAGUAUUGCACACCGAGGAGUGGAAGACAGCAUCACUUGUGAGCAACAUCCCUUUUAUUGACAAGGAUUACUAUGGUGAUGAGAUAUUGUCAUUCCGGGAGGAGCUUAAGUUGCUUGGUGUGGUGGUCGAUUCAUCGGAUAAUUCCCAACUUGUUGUGGACAAUUUGAAGCCACCUACUCAAUUAACUUGUCUGGGAGCCGAGGCAUUUCUAUUGAUUCUUCACUGUAUAUUGGAAUCAAGAUCAGCCGAUUAUCUUGUCAACACAUUCAAAAGUGUGAAAUGCCUCAAGACAAAUCUAGGCUACAAAUCUCCGGCUGAAUGUUACUUGUCAGAUCCUUCGUGGGGUUGCAUUAUGCAGGUUUUUACUGGUUUCCCUGUUGUUGAUUGUGACUUCUAUGGAAGCUGCAUUAUCUCAUCUUACAAGAGGGAAUUGAAAAAACUGGGAGUGGUGGUCGAUUUAGAAGAAGCAGUAAAAGCAUUUUCUCAAGUAUUCAGGCAACGAGCGACUAAAAAUUCUCUAACAAAGGAAAGUGUGAUGUCGUUUCUGUCAAGCUACAAACAGCUUAAAGCAACUACAAAGUUUCCUUCGGAACUUAAGAAGUGCAUUCAUGAGUUGAAGUGGUUACGGACUCGACUCGGUGAUCAUAGAUCUCCUAAAGAUUGCAUAUUGUAUGGUCCAAGUUGGGAAUCUAUAUCUGCAAUUGCUCUCCUUCCUUUUAUCGAUGAUAGUGAAAACUACUAUGAAAACCAUAUUCAUGAAUAUAAAAAUGAGUUGAAGAAUAUGGGAGUUGUUACUGACUUUAAAGAUGGUGCUCAAAUGGUUGCUGAUGGGCUUUAUCUUCCACAAAAUCCCGUCAAUAUUACUUCUGAAAACGUUCUUUCACUUCUGGACUGCAUCCGAACUUUGAUGGAGAAGAAUUAUUCCUUUUCAGAUAAUUUCUCCAGAAAGGUCUCGCAGAGAUGGUUGAAGACCUCUUUUGGUUACCAGUCUCCAAAAGAGUGUUUGCUCUUCAUUCCUGAGUGGGGUCCUCAUCUGAAGCCGACUGAUGGGCCUUUUAUGGACGAAGAAUUUUACAAGUUUGACAUCAAGUCCUAUAAGAAGGAGCUCAAAAAAUUGGGGGUGAUAGUUGAUUUGGACCAUGGUUGUGAACUAGUGUCAAGUUUCCUUGAUUUUCAUAGCGAGUUCUCCACUAUUGUACGAAUGUAUACUUAUUUGAGUGCAUUCAACUGGGAGCCAGAAACUGAAGCUGCUAGAAGGAUUUGGGUACCUGAUGGAAAUAAUGGUGGCCAGUGGAUCAACCCAGAAGAUUGUGUUCUUUUUGACAAGGAAGACCUUUUUGGUCUGCAGUUGACAGUUCUCGAGAGGUACUAUAAACAAGAUUUACUCAUUUUCUUUUCCAAAGCCUUUCAAGUAAGAUCCAAUCCUUCGAUUGUCGACUACUGCAAACUCUGGAAAAGUUGGGAAAGAAAUCAGGACCAACUAUCUCAUGACAAGUGCUUUAAGUUUUGGAAAUAUGUCACUAAGCACUAUAAUUCAAAAACGGAGCAAGCUGUCAUUGAUGCCAUUGCCAAAGUGCCUGCAGUUUCUGGUUCAGAUGAGUCAGUUUUUUUGUUUGAUAAGCGUGACGUGUUUGUUGCCGAUGAUCUUCGAUUGAAGGAUGUAUUUGAAGAAAACUCUCCUCAUCCCAUUUUUGUGUGGUAUCCUCAGCCGAGCUCACCUUUCUUGCCUCGAUCAAGGUUGCUGGAAGUUUAUAAGAACAUAGGAGUUCGGAAUCUAUCUGAGUCUGUUGAGAUGGUAGAGGCAGACAUGGUUGAUGGAAUCAGUAUGAAGCAGGUGAAUCCAGAUGACAUUUGGAUUGGAAGAGGGGUGGUGCGACUCAUUCUUGGUUUUUUAGCAGACCCUACUAAGAAAAUUGAAGCAGAAAAGAGGCAUGAAGUUGUUCAAUGUCUCCUCAAUCUUUCUGUUUUUGAGACUGUAGAACCUGUGAUGAUAAAAUAUAGUCUAUCCCUGACUUCAGGAAAGGUCAUUGAAGCGCCUGCAGGUGGGUUGAUGCGUUGGGAACGGGACAGUUCAAAGUUGUUCAUCCAGAAAAUGGUGAUAUCAGGUGGACAGAAGGAGAUGAUAAAGCGUGCUACCUACUUUUCUGAGGUCAUAUCUGAGGGUGUCCUUUGGCAGUAUAGUGAUUACAUAUGUGCAUUAUCUGAGCUGAUAAAGUUGGCCUUUUUGGUGAAUUUUGAUGAUGAGGCUGUUAAUUUUAUACUGAAAUGCAAGAAUCUGGAGAUCUUCAAGGAGGAUGAGGACUUCCUCUCUUCUGCUUUCACUAAGCACCCCGAGUAGGCAAACUUUUAAUUUUGCUAGUUCAUGAAAAAAAGUGCACAACUAACAUCCAAUCUACUACUAUUUGCAUAUGUAUUUGCAUCACAGUUUUUUUUGUUUGUGUUUUGAAAAUAUAGAUCAAUGUGGAUCUAUAAUGUUUUAAGUGGUAGAAUCAUGCAACUUGAAUUUGAUAUUUUGUGAUGUAGUGAAAAAAAAA